CUCUGUGAUUGGCCCGAGGCGCUGACACAUGAUAGUCCCGCCCCCACGCAGAGGACAGUGAAACAUGGCGUCAUUGAGGUGUUUCCUGCGCUCGGGGAAGAAUGCGGUUUCAGCCGUUUUGCGGCGGGAGUUUCACAGGACGCCGCCGGCUGCGGUGCAGGUAACAGUCAGAGAUGCCCUCAACCAGGCCAUGGACGAGGAGCUGGAGAGGGACGAACGGGUUUUUCUUCUUGGAGAAGAAGUUGCACAGUACGAUGGUGCAUAUAAGGUUAGCAGAGGCCUUUGGAAAAAGUAUGGAGACAAGCGCAUCAUUGACACACCGAUUACAGAGAUGGGAUUUGCUGGUAUUGCUGUUGGUGCAGCUAUGGGAGGUUUGAGGCCCAUUUGUGAGUUCAUGACCUUCAACUUCUCCAUGCAAGCCAUUGACCAGGUCAUCAACUCGGCUGCGAAGACUUACUACAUGUCUGCUGGCUUCCAGUCCGUUCCGAUCGUUUUCCGCGGUCCCAACGGAGCGUCCGCCGGCGUGGCGGCUCAGCAUUCUCAGUGCUUUGCAGCCUGGUACGGACACUGUCCCGGUUUAAAGGUGGUCAGUCCCUGGAGCGCCGAAGACGCCAGAGGGCUUCUGAAAUCGGCCAUCCGAGACGACAACCCCGUGGUGUUUUUGGAGAACGAGCUGAUGUAUGGAGUUCCUUUUGAAAUGUCCGAAGAAGUGCUAUCGAAAGACUUCCUCGUACCUAUCGGAAAAGCAAAGAUUGAAAGACAGGGAAACCACGUCACAAUCGUGUCUCAUUCACGAAUGGUUGGGCUGUGUCUCGAUGCUGCUGCGGUUUUGGCCAAGGAGGGCAUCGAAUGUGAGGUUAUCAACCUGCGCACCAUCCGGCCGCUCGACACAGAAACCAUCGAUGCGAGCAUAAUGAAAACCAAUCAUCUUGUCACUGUAGAGGGGGGCUGGCCACAGUUCGGAGUGGGAUCUGAGAUCCUUGCCCGAAUCAUGGAGGGUCCUGCUUUCAAUUACCUCGACGCCCCGGCGGUUCGUGUCACCGGUGUGGAUAUUCCAAUGCCAUAUGCCAAGAUCUUGGAGGACAACAGCGUACCACAAAUCAAAGACAUUAUCUUCUCCGUUAAAAAGACAUUGAAUGUUUAAUGCAUUAUCGGGACGACAUUUAAUAUUAUGUACUUCAUUUCUACAUCAGUGAACAGCGAAUAGGAAUUUCUCUUAUAUCUUGUACAUGUUUUUUCUGUUACAUGAGUCUUUCCUGUUCCCUCAUUGGUGGAGUUAACAGUAAAAUGAGGAAUAAUGCGGUUAUGACAUUACAGGCGUUAAUCACGACUAUAAACAACCAGCCAUGAACAUUGUUAUGCUGUAAAUUCUACUUUAAUUGAAAAAUAAACUUUUAUCACAAGG